CCAAAGUCCACAGGAAUCUGCUUCCUGGCUGCAUUCAGAACCGGUUUGAAACUGGAGCCGGUUGGACUUCAGGACACAAAGCGGUUCCAAAGAUCCAGAGGAAGAAGUCAAAGAAAGAACAGCUGCAUUUGUGUCAGAGGGGUAAAGGUGGAAGAUGUGUGUGAGCUGAUGUGGAUCCAGUGAAUCCAGCAGCAUGGAUCAGGAGGGAGGCCCUCCCUCUAAAAGCAGAGAUGGUAACCAUGACAACCAGAGCAAAGCUCAGAGGAACCAACCUGGACCUGGAUCUGGACCUGGAUCCAGCAGGAUGUCCAGAAGGAGUGACAGAUCAAAGGGUCAUGUUCCUGACUUUAAAGACAUCCGUCCAGGAGUGGAACAACUGGACCAGCAGGGCUCAGAGACUCCCAGUGGUCCGUCUGUCCAGCAGCAUCAAACACAGCUGGACUCCAUCUUUCUGCUGCUGGAGGACAACAUUGUCACUUUUGUCAAGAAGGAGCUGAAGAAGAUCCAAAAGCUUCUGAGUCACAGGGAGGAUGAGGAAGAGCUGGAGGAUGGAGAUGAAGAGCAGAGGAGCAGCAGAGAGUCACUGAUGAAGAUCACAGUGAACUUCCUGAGGAGAAUGAAGCAGGAGGAGCUGGCUGAUGGACUGCAGAGCAGAUCUGCUGCUCCAGUUUGUCGACGUGAAGUCCAAUCUGGUCUGCAGAAGAAGUUCCAGUGUGUGUUUGAGGGGAUGGCUAAAGCAGGAAACCCAACCCUUCUGAAUGAGAUCUACACAGAGCUCUUCAUCACAGAGGGAGGAAGAGGAGAGCUGAAUGAAGAACAUGAGGUCAGACAGAUUGAAGCAGCAUCCAGGAAAGCAGACAGAGCAGAAACAAGCAUCAGACAAGAAGAGCUCUUCCAACUCCCAGCUGGAAGACCAGAACCAAUCAGAACCGUGAUGACUAAGGGAGUGGCUGGCAUCGGGAAAACAGUCUUAACACAGAAGUUCACUCUGGACUGGGCUGAAGGCAAAGCCCACCAGAACCUCCACUUCACAUUUCCAUUCACUUUCAGAGAGCUGAAUGUGCUGAAAGAGGAGAAGUUCAGCUUGGUGGAACUUGUUCAUCACUUCUUCCCUGAAACCAAACAAGCAGGAAUCUGCAGCUUUGAAGACUUCCAGGUCCUCUUCAUCUUUGAUGGUCUGGAUGAGAGUCGACUUCCUCUGGAUUUCCACAAGACUCGGAUCCUAAAGGACCCUAGAAAGUCCACCUCAGUGGCUGAUCUGCUGACAAACCUCAUCAGGGGGAACCUGCUUCCCUCUGCUCGCCUCUGGAUAACCACACGACCUGCAGCAGCCAAUCAGAUCCCUGCUAAGUGUGUUGACAUGGUGACAGAGGUCAGAGGGUUCAAUGAUCCACAGAAGGAGGAGUACUUCAGGAAGAGGUUCAGAGAUGAAGAGCAGGCCAGCAGGAUCAUCUCCCACAUCCAGAGAUCCAGAAGCCUCCACAUCAUGUGCCACAUCCCAGUCUUCUGCUGGAUCACUGCUACAGUUCUGGAGGAUCUGAUGAAGAGCAGAGGAAGAGGAGAGCUGCCCAAGAGCCUGACUGAGAUGUACAUCCACUUCCUGGUGGUUCAGGCCAAAGUCAAGAAGGUCAAGUAUGAUGGAGGAUAUGAGACAGAUCCUCACUGGAGUCCAGAGAGCAGGAAGAUGAUGGAGUCUCUGGGAAAACUGGCUUUUGAGCAGCUGCAGAAAGGAAACCUGAUCUUCUAUGAAUCCGACCUGACAGAGUGUGGCAUCGAUAUCAGAGCAGCCUCAGUGUACUCAGGAGUGUUCACACAGGUCUUUAGAGAGGAGAGAGGCCUGUACCAGGACAAGGUCUUCUGCUUCAUCCAUCUGAGUGUUCAGGAGUUUCUGGCUGCUCUUCAUGUCCACCUGACCUUCAUCACCUCCAAACUCAACCUCAUGGAGGAAGAACAAUCACAGAUCUCUCAGCCUGAACAGGGAAGUCCAGUCCAGUUGUACCAGAGUGCUGUGAAGAAGGCCUUACAGAGUCCAAACGGACACCUGGACUUGUUCCUCCGCUUCCUCCUGGGUCUUUCACUGCAGACCAAUCAGAGUCUCCUACGAGGUCUGCUGACUCAGACAGGAAGUAGCUCACAGACCAAUCAGGAAACAGUCCAGUUCCUCAAGGAGAAGAUCAGUGAGGAUCUGCCUGCAGAGAAAAGCAUCAACCUGUUCCACUGUCUGAAUGAACUGAAUGAUGGUUCUCUAGUGGAGGAGAUCCAACAGGUCCUGAGGUCAGGACGUCUCUCCACAAAGAAACUGUCUCCUGCUCAGUGGUCUGCUCUGGUCUUCAUCUUACUGUCAUCAGAAGAAGAUCUGGAAGAGUUUGAUCUGAAUAAAUACUCUGGUUCAGAGGAGGCUCUACUGAGGCUGCUGCCAGUGAUCAAAGCCUCCAACAAAGCUCUAAUGAGAUGGUGUAAUCUGUCAGAGAGAAGCUGUGCAGCUCUGUCCUCAGUUCUCAGCUCUCAGUCCUCCAGACUCAGACAUCUGGACCUGAGUAACAACAACCUGCAGGAUUCAGGAGUGAAGCUACUGUCAGCUGGACUGGAGAGUCCAGACUGUAAACUGGAGACUCUCAGGUUGGAGAACUGCAGUUUGUCAGAGAUCAGCUGUAAAGCUCUGGUCUCAGCUCUGAAGAAAAACCCGUCUAAUCUGACAAAACUGGACCUGAGCUGGAACCAGAACCUGCAGGAUUUAGGAUUUCUUCAUUUGUGUGGUUUUCUGGAGAGUCCAGACUGCAGACUGCAGACUUUGAGGUUGGAGAACUGCAGUUUGUCAGACAUCAGCUGUAAAGCUCUGCAGAUGCAGCUGACAGUCCAGCGGCUGAUGUUUGUGAGCAGACAGUGA